AGCAGCGCUGUUCCUGGGCUGUAGUUGCCGAUGGCCGCUCGGGAGACGAGACGGAGCGCGAGGGGCGGGCGCGCGAGCCGGGGGGCAGCGCUCGCGGCGCUGUGUGCCUGCGCGCUCUGGGGCUCCGCUUUCGCCAAGCCCAGCAACAUCGUGCUGAUCCUCACCGACGACCAGGAUGUCCAGCUCGGGGGACUGACGCCAAUGAAGAAGACAAAAUCGCUGAUUGGUGAUGCUGGUGUCUACUUUUCCAAUGCUUUCGUAGCGACGCCUCUGUGCUGCCCCAGCCGUAGCAGUAUCCUGACGGGGAAGUACCCCCACAACCAUGAAGUGCGCAACAACUCCCUGGGGGGCAACUGCAGCAGUCCUGCAUGGCAGCAGGGCCCCGAGAUGACAGCGUUUCCGGUCUUCCUGGGCAAACAGCUGUACCAGACCUUCUACGCGGGAAAGUACCUCAACCAGGUCCGCUGUGACUCCUUUCUUACCGUCCCGCAUCUUUUCCGUGUUCGUUCAUUGCUGUGUGAUCAGGCGAGAGGCCGUUGUCACGGCCUGGUUUCAUGGUUGGGGAGAGUUGAUGUUGAGCCAUUUUUCACGUUCAUUCCUGCAUGUUGUACAUAUUGCGACUCCUUAGCUGAGGUGAACUUGAAGCUAUUGUGUUUCAGUGUUUAUUUCUGUGUCUCUCAGGCCCCGGUUUUGAACAUCGACUUGGGUCCCACAUUCCUGGACAUCGCAGGAGUCAACCUGUCCCAGGUGAACAUGGACGGUCAGAGUUUCCUGCCACAGAUGGCCCCCUCUCUCCGGAAUGGCACGUCGCGGCCCUACUUCCUGGUGGAGUACAUCGGGGAGGGGCAUACUGGCCCGGAUCCAGACUGUCCAAAGCUGGGCUCGGGCCUGUCUCAAUGCUUCCCUGACUGCGUGUGUGAAGAUGCCUUCAACAACACGUACGCCUGUGUUCGCACGCUGACCGGAUACAACAUGCAGUACUGCGAGUUUGCAGACAGCGAGUCCUUUGUUGAAGUUUACAACCUGACAGCUGACCCUCACCAACUGGAGAACAUUGUGAAGAAGGUUGACCCCACCCUCCUGCAGACCAUGAACCAAAGGCUGAUCAGGCUCCAAUCAUGUGUGGGAAGCUCCUGCAGGGACAACAAGUACUAGCCAAUCACUGGAGGGUGGGCGGGACCACGGCUGUUCUAAGAUUGUUGAGCACUUUUAAGAGGGAGUGAAGAAUGGAUCGACUUCUUCCUUCUCAAUGUGAAACCAAAUGUUUUGGUGCAUUUUGUGCCUAUAUUUUCUAACCGGCACCAAUUCCUGAACUGAUUUUCACUGUUUAAGUUCAGUUUCACUAUUCAUCAAUAUGUGAACUUAGACUUUCUGUGCCACUGUGACGAGCUCCUCUUUAGACGUUGAAGUAAUUCUGUGUAUGCUACCAACAACUAUGUUUUUAAAGUAAAUCUGUCUUCUGCUGGAAAUAUUCCUGGACUUUAAAAAUGAAAACGGACACACAAAUGGCCUGGUUUGCAUUUUUUGACUUGUUUUUAAUAAUGUCCUGAUGUAAUAGGGGCAGGGGGACUUAAGGGGGGAAAGCACAAUGCUGUAAGCCAAUGUUUCCCAAUGUGGUCCUGAGGGACCCACAGACAGUCCACGUCUUUGCUACCGGGAGCAAAAAUGUGGACAUUCUGGCAGGGAACUGGGAGGAUGCAAAAACAUGGACCGUCUGUAGGCCCCCAAGGACCAGGUUGGCAAAAACUGCCCUAAGCCAUAGGGGAGAUGGUCAUAAAUAGUGGAAGUGCCUUACAUUGAUUCUUUGGUCAUUUGCACUAAAGUAAAGUUUUAUGUCUUUUUGCACAAUAUGACUACUACUGCAUUAUGAAACAAUCAAUAAAAGGGUAAUGAAU